AGGAAUCUUGUAGACUACUAGCUCCACGCCCUACGCUCCCAGCUACAGCUUAGAUGAGUCAUCACAAACAACCUCACCUUCUCUAUAAGGUCAGCUUGAGACGACACGCCAACAUCCAUUAGCUCCUUACGCCUUUUUGCCAGCAUGGGUUCCUCAUUGAAGCUAGAGUUUGUUACUGUCGACGUUUUCACAGACAAGCAGUAUGAAGGCAACCCAUUAGCGAUCAUUCGCAUACCCUACGGCGUCAGCGUGACUCAAGAGCAGAAACAAAAAAUUGCACGCGAGUUCAAUCUUUCAGAAUCAACAUUCCUCCACGAAAACGCAACCGAUGCAGCUGAGGACAAAUGGGCCGUGGACAUAUUUAUGACAACCAAAGAGCUGCCGUUUGCGGGCCACCCCACGAUUGGCACGUCAUGCUAUGUUUUGUCAAGGAUUGCUGAACAGCGCGGCAUCGAGAGUGGAUUCAUCAACGCAGGUUUCCAGUUAAAGGCAGGCCCUGUUGGACUUCGGUAUGACGUGGCCAAGAAGACGGCUAAAGCAGCCAUCCCCCACGACGUACAUGUGCAUCAGAAGAGAUGGAGCAGAGAUGAACUGUUUGAGAUGCAGCCCAGCUUAGCUGCAGCUUAUGAGAGGGGCGAGAUGAAGGCGAUGCAAGAUUAUCCUAUCGUGUCUAUCGUCAAGGGUAUGACGUUCGUCCUCGUGGAGCUGGAGAGCGUAGAUGCGCUUGCAAAGGUGUCGCUAGCCCAGAAUAUUGAGAUCCAGGGAUUGGAUCAGGGUUGGGAUGAGACGUUCAUCGGAAAGUACUUCUAUGUGCGGACAGGCAAGAGCGAGAGCGGAGCCACGCAGUUGAGAACAAGAUUCAUCGAGGGAUCGCUCGAGGAUCCGGCCACGGGGUCGGCGGCGAGUGACCUGGUGGCUUACUUGUCAUUAAAUGAGGGGAAGGCCGGAGAAACACUGCAGUAUGAAGUGGUCCAGGGCGUCGAAAUGGGCCGUAGGAGCGAGAUUUUCAUCGAGGUCAUAAUGGCGAAGGAUGGUGGUAUUGAGACUGUGUAUCUCGAAGGCGGAGCGGUGCAGGUCAUGGAGGGUCGCCUGACGGUCUGAUCUUGAAUCAGUGUUGGUAAUACCACGUUGCAUUUGGGGCUCGAUCAUCUCGGGGUUGUGACAUCCGUACUGCAUGAGCGAUAUGUAAAGGAUUCGAAGAGUUUAUUAAAUUUUGUUUACAAAAAGGGUCAUUCUCAUAU